CUAUGUCGUUUCAACAUAUGUUUCUCUGUUUUAUAUUUCCCUAUGUAAAAUCGUCAAGUUAAAAAUGAACAAUCUAAUGAUAAUAUGCUCUAGCUAGAGCUAGAUUUAUUACGACGAUAAUAAAUACAGUUCCCCAAACACCACGUCUACAGCUCCCACUCUGGCCAUCAACAAAAGCCCGGUAAGAAAGAAGAUCAUUUUAUUGAGCAACAAAGUUUAAGUACUUCAGGAAGUUCAUUAACAGCAAGUUCAAUAACAGCAAGUAACCUAACAAGCAGAUCUGCCUCCAGUGCGGCAACUGCUCUUACCAAAACUCAGACAAGAAAUAGUACUGAGUCUGAGGAGAGCUCCACAAGUAUCAGAAAACCCCCAAAUUUAACCAUGCCACCAAUUACAGAUGAUAUUAAACAACAGGUGCAGAAGAUUAUAGAUGGUCAUGCCAUAGUUGUGUUUAGCAAGACAACUUGUCCAUUCUGUGAAAAGGCCAAAGAUUUGUUUAAAAGUUUGAGUGCAAAAUAUGAAUCAGUAGAACUAGAUCUCAUUGAGAAAGGUACACUUUAUCAGUCUACCUUAAGAGAAUUAACAGGGCAGUCUACUGUGCCAAAUAUAUUUAUACAUGGCAAACAUUUAGGUGGCUGUGAUGAUUUAUUGAGAGCUCACAGCGAGAACACAUUGGGUGAUAUGAUACACAACAUGGCGGCUGUUCCAAAGUAUGAUUUUGACCUUGUUGUUAUUGGUGGUGGCUCAGGAGGCUUGGCUGCUGCUAAGGAAGCAGCGAAUAUGGGAAAGAAAGUUACUCUUUUUGAUUAUGUAGAACCUUCUCCAAUAGGGACAGCUUGGGGUUUAGGAGGAACUUGUGUAAAUGUUGGAUGCAUUCCAAAAAAAUUGAUGCACAGGGCAUCAAUAUUAGGUGAAGAAUUACAUGAAGCUAAAAGUUUUGGCUGGGAAGUUCCAGAUAAAGUUCAUCACAAUUGGUCAACAAUGAGAAAUGCUAUUCAGGAUCACAUAGGUUCUUUAAACUGGGGUUACAGAGUACAACUUAGAGACAAAAAAGUUAACUAUGUCAAUGCUCGUGCUCAAAUUAUUGACAAAAAUACAAUCAAAGCAAUAAAAAAAAAUAAAACAGAAUCUACACUAACAGCAGCUAACAUUAUUAUUGCAACUGGAGAACGACCACGCUAUUUAGAUAUACCAGGUGCUAAGGAAUAUUGUAUUACCAGUGAUGACCUUUUCUCUUUGCCUUAUUGUCCUGGCAAAACAUUAUGUGUUGGAGCAUCUUACGUCUCUCUUGAAUGUGCUGGAUUUUUAGCUGGAAUUGGAUUGGACACAACAGUAAUGGUUCGCUCUAUACUGCUCAGAGGUUUUGAUCAACAGUGCAGUGAAAUGAUAGGAAAAUACAUGAGUAACCAUGGGGUUAAGUUUAUACGAGGAGCAGUACCAAAAAAGAUUGAGCAGAUAGAGAAGGGUCAACCAGGUAGAUAUAAAGUUACAGCUGUGAAGGAUGAUGGUACAGAAAUAGUAGAAGAAUAUAACACUAUCCUCUUGGCUAUUGGAAGGGAUCCUUGCACCACAGGCAUCGGUCUAGAAAAUGUUGGAGUGAAUCUAAAUCCUAACAAUGGGAGAGUGCUAGUGGAUUCUGCAGAAAAGACAAAUGUUUCUAAUGUUUAUGCUAUUGGUGAUAUUGGUGAUGGCCGACCUCAACUUACACCUGUUGCUAUCCAGGCUGGAAAACUGUUAUCUCGAAGAUUAUUUAAUUCUAAUUUCACAACAAAGGUUGAUUAUAUGAAUGUUGCUACAACAGUUUUUACUCCUCUUGAAUAUGGAUGUAUUGGGUACUCAGAAGAAGCAGCCAUUGAAAAAUUUGGGGAAGAUAAUAUUGAGGUAUACCACAGUUUCUUCAUGCCACUGGAGUGGACAGUUCCUCAUAAGGAAGAAAACACAUGCUAUGCUAAACUUGUUUGCAAUAAAAAAGAUAACGAGCGGGUCAUAGGAUUUCAUGUUCUAGGACCAAAUGCUGGAGAAAUAACUCAAGGCUAUGCUGUUGCUUUGAAGAAAGGAGCUACUAAAGAGGACUUUGACUCCACCAUUGGAAUUCAUCCAACUAGUAGUGAGACAUUUACCACACUUCAUGUGACCAAAAGAAGUGGUGAGAGUGCAGAAGUUACAGGUUGCUGAGGUUAAUUCCCUACUGCUCAUUACAUUUUCUCUACUUUUGAUAUACCAGUGACAUUUUUUUUUUCUUGCUUAUGUUGUAUCCUUGCAUAUUUAACAGCAUUUAGAUAUUAAAUGUGUUUGCAAUGCAAGUUUAAUGCAGAGAUGCCACAUAGCAAUGGAAAAAAGAUGUACUGUGAUCAAAGUGUUGAAAAUGGAGCAGUGGGGUUCAAGUUUUUGGAAAUGUAUUAUGUCAAACACUGAUGUCCAGUGUUGUAUGACGGUGUUGCCUGUAAGCUCUUAUAAAGGGUGGGCAUAACCUGAUGGUGGCAUAAUUUCAUUUUCUGCUCUUUGAUUUCAUGAAACAGAUUUAUUUUUUGUAUUUUCUCUCCGUUCAAAUGAUAACUAGCUCUCUGUUCUAUGAAAUCAUUGUUAGUGCAGUAUAUGCAAUUUUUUAUGUAUACUGUAAAAUGGUAUUCUCAUUAGUAAUAUUUACUUAUGAAACAUUGUAAAUAAUUAUGACUAUUUCCUUGAUCAGUUACAAAAAAUGUUUGUUAUCGCUCUCUACUUGUUUCAUCUGCUUGAUCUAUUGAUUGUUUGCCCUCCAUUCCCCCAAUAUCUACUAAAGGUUAACUUUUUGGACAUAUUUUAUUGCUUUUUCACAAUAAGAAAGUAUUCAAAAACAGUCCCUCUUUUGACCUCAGUAAGCUACUCCACAAAAGACUGUAUAUAGGAUAGUUUUAGUUUAUGGGAUUCCUGAAAUGGACUUGUUUGCUUUUAAGGGCAUGUCUUCUCCCAAAUACGAAACAAAACUUUAGCAAAAUAUUUUUUAAAUUUUAUUUCAAUAACAUUAGUUGACAUGGAAUUGAGCAGAGUUAAAAUCUUGAUCUGUUUUCUGUAUAGAUUGAUGCUACUAAAAAACCUUUUACAUAGCUGUCUAUGAAGACUAGUUUUAUAUUUGACAGGAUUUAAUAUAUACUUAUAUAGGAGGUAAUAAUGUUUUCAUCAUUUUUUAAGCAGAAGUUUUUUUUUUAAUAUUUGAAAAGAUUUCUUUAAGUAUUAGGCUUAAAUUAUGAUGCAAGUUUUCUUCGCAAUUUUAAAAAUGUCAACAUUUCUGUAUUUAAUAUGAACAAUGUGAAUGUUAUUAAAAUAGUUAUUUUUUAAAUAAAAAUUCGUAAUCACUUAAAUCUUGAAACUGGCUACUUGCUGACAUUUUAUUUCACAUCUGUAAACUUCUCAUUAGAUUAUUUUGUGCUAAUGUAUAUUAUUCAUUACUUUUAAAAUUUUAACAAGCCUUUAAAAUUAGUGCAAAAGCUAAUAAAUGUGUGAUUUUUAACUAAAAUAUUGUGUUGUAUUUGAUCUAGGACUAUUGCACACAUGUACUUUAGGUAUUUGAGGAUCAGUGUGUUUUGUACCUCACACUAAAAAUAGCUUUUUAAUUGUAUAAAAUAAAGUUGAUGUAAGGAUGUCAUAUAUUAUAAAAGAUUGUACAUGAUGGCUGCAGUUUCAGAGGAUUUAGUUUUGUUGAAAGUUGUGGGCUUUCAUCAAUUUUUAUUCACAUGUGCAACAUUUAAUAAAAAAUUGUAUUUAAA